AUGUUCUCGUCGCGGUCGAAGUCUACUGAUGAGGUGAUUGUCGAUAAGGAACCGCCGCCAGUCGUGGCUGUUGGGAAGGUCGACAUGGACAAGACUUCCCAACCAGACACGGUAAGCCAUAAGAACAGGCUGAAGAUCGUGGACGGCUCGCACGGGUCCAACGUCAUCAAUCUUAGUCCAGAGCCGCUUAUGUUUAGCUCCGCAGAGAAUCUGUUUAGUCUACUAGUGGAGACCAAGCCAAAGUCGCCGCCUUUGACCAACUACAUCAACGGUGAGAAAGCCGAACAAAAGUUUUCAAGCGACCCGGACUUCCACUUCAGCAAGAGCUAUCUCUCGUCGCUGUUGGAGGUGAAGGGCACCACAUUGCAGGAGCUCAAGACCCAGCAUCAAGAGUUUGUGGAAAAAAUUCACCAUCUCAACAUGAGCAUAUUCGGAGACAAACACAAGACUAUCGACGGCGAAGGGAUCGUCAUGGUGGGUGGAGGACGUUUCUCGUGGCUAUCGUUGCUCAACAUCAACCAAUUGAGAUCUACUGGGUGUAAAUUGCCCGUUGAGGUGUUCAUUGCUUCGGAGCAAGAGUACGAGCCAGACUUCUGUGAAGACCUUCUCCCGUCGCUCAAUGCCAAAUGUAUUCUCGGAUACAAGGAGCUGCCCAUAGUGAAGUACCAGAACCGGCUCGAAAUUGACGGAUACCAAUAUAAAAUUCUGGCCAUCUUCACUUCCUCCUUCAAAAACGUGCUUCUACUCGACGCAGACAACGUUGUGGUGCGCGACCCGCGUCAUCUGUUCGAGUGGCCCGAUUUCCUGUCAACGGGACUGGUUGUGUGGCCAGAUUGUUGGUCCAGAACAACACACCCUUACUAUUACGACAUUGCAGGAAUAACUGUUGGGGACCGGCCAGUGCGUGGCCAGUUCAUGGAGAGUGAAUCUCCCGAAGACUGGAACUUCCACGACCUGCCAGGAACGCUGCCCAACCCGUCGAGCGAGUCGGGAAUGCUUCUCGUGAAUAAAGAGAAGCAUGUCGACACCAUGUUGCUUUCCAUGUACUACAACAUGUUUGGACCUUCGCACUACUAUCCGCUUCUGACGCAGGGCGGAGCUGGCGAAGGAGACAAGGACACAUUCAUUGCGGCAGCGUACGCUCUUCAAAAACCAAUUUAUCAGGUGAAACAAAGCAUGAAGUUCCUUGGAUAUCACGACGACUACGGAUACCAUGCUAAGGCUCUAGGACAAUGGGAUCCAACAACUAACACAGAGAAACACAUGCCUCCCUACAUGUCGAACUACUACGUUGCCCCUGAGGACGACGACUCGCAGCUGAUGUUCAUGCAUUUGUCUUAUCCAAAGUUGUAUCCAGACAAGCUUCGCGAGGAGAUAUCUUGGGAGCAGAACGGCGAGCUCCACCACCGGAAACUUUAUCCGGGCGACUUGCCGAACCACGACUACGGUUUCGAUCUACGUAUGUGGGAGCUAAUCACACAGCUGAUAUGUCCUUCGUGGCGGCCCAACUCGGACGAAAACCCAGCUUCUGUGGAGAUUCCUGAUAAAUUAAGAGGACUCGACAUGCACUACAUUCAAACGUCGCAAUCGUCAAAAGAGUGCGAGGACUUGUUCCUGCCUCAUUUGGAGUAUCUUCGAACGCACACCGCCACCGAUGACGGUGUUUAUAGAUACGAAUGA